AUGUGUUUUUCCACCGAUGUUGAAACUGCCUUUUCUAGUAGUGAAACCAAAAUAGAAGGGACUAAGGAUGGUGAUUUACUUGUUUGCAUUCAAUGUGAACAUAAAUAUCAUGUUGGAUGCUUGAAAUAUAGAGAAAAAUCUGAGUCACGAAGAUAUAUGAAAAAUUGGUUGUGUGGAAAAGAGUGUGAACGGAUAUAUGAAGGACUCCAAAGUCUAUUAGGAAAGCCACUUAUAGUGGGUGCGAACAAUCUAACAUGGACAUCGGUGAAGUUUAUCAACUCUGAAAGUUGUGAUGUUGGUAGUACUAAGAAUGACUUAUUGGCAGAGAAAUACUGCAAACUCAGUGUUGCACUUUUGGUGAUUUCACAAUUUACAGCUCACACAACUCGGAGUGGAGAGGCUAGUCUUGCUUGCUGUUUCUGGUGUGCUAGAAACAUGGACCAAUUCUUUUGGUUUUGCAAAGAUGACAAAUUUUGAGAGGUCACAGUUCUUGGACUCACCUAGUCUGGUUUUAUCUCAGUGGUUACACUCACCUUAGUUACA